AUGUCCAAAUUAUGCUCAAUUAUUAAAGGCACCCAAUUUACGAAAUUAAUAAAUUCCGCGACUUUUCUUCAUCCAACUCGAAAUUUCGCUAGGUCUCACCGAAUUGCGAAUUUGCAAACCGAGUCCUUCCCAUCCAACCCUGAUCCCUCCUCUUCAAAAUUUUCUACGGUGAAUGAGGCCGAAAUUUUGAAAUUCAGUCAAUUGGCCGAAGAAUGGUGGUCACCAAACGGUCCCGUAAAAUUGCUACACAGUAUGAAUCCACUGAGGGUGGCGUACAUGCGUCGACAGUAUUCAAAAUGUAGCGAAGAAAGAGGUGAAAACCAUUUUCCUUUCAAAGGUCUGAGAAUCUUGGAUAUUGGGUGUGGCGGCGGUGUCCUAGCUGAGUCAUUAUCUAGGUUAGGGGGAUCAGUGGUUGGAGCAGACGCAUCCUGGGAAAACAUUCAAAUUGCCAAAUCACACGCGCUCAAGGACCCAAUGUUGCAUUUAGGACCCGGGAAACUUGAAUACCGAUGCAUAACGGCUGAAAAAUUAUUGGAGCAAGGUGAAAUUUUUGAUAUCGUUUGCGCAAUGGAAAUUAUCGAACACGUGAAUAACCCUUUGGAAUUUCUGAGAACAUGCGCCGGAAUGGUUAAGGCUGGAGGUGGUCACCUAUUCUUGUCUACUAUCUCUCGCACGCCACUUUCUUAUUUUCUAACAAUUCUGCUCGCCGAAAAGAUUCUUGGGGUGGUACCAAACGGUACUCACGAUUUCAGUGGUUACAUCAGACCCGAUGAGAUACAACAAGAGGUUCAAAACCUUAAGGCAGAUAACGAUAACAAUGCAACCAAUGACAGCCAUGCGUCAGAAAGAUGGGGUGCGGUAACGGAUGUGACGGGCAUUGGCCUUAACCCAAUCACAGGAAGAUGGUUUGAAUUUUACAAGUGGGUGCCAAAGAGAAUUCAGCUGGAUGUAAAUUAUCUAUUAACUGCGAGAAGGGCGUAA